AAAUGAUAUGUACCAAUGAUACAUGUAUAUGAUAUGUGGCUCCGGGAAAUAUCCCGGAUUAAUAAGGCAAUUAAGUUAUAAAUAUAUACCUUAAUUGCCUUAUUGAAUACUGUAUUUAUAGAGUUAUGUAGCAGAAAACAAUUUGAUAACCAAACAAGGUCACAUAUGUUUCCCAGCAAUUGUGAGUUGUGACGUCUUAGUCACCUUUGAUAUUAUAAUUCCAUCAUCAAUAUUCAUUUCGUUCCAUGGCCAUAUUGAUCUUAUAUUUAUCUUUGACUUAUUAUUGAACGUAUUAAUUAACUAAAACAUUAUAAAAUUGGAUAUUAAACAACAAUGCCUUACAUGAAAUCAACUUACGAAUACACCAAACUUAGAAAAAACUUUGGAAGGCAAAUACUGUUUCAAGCAUUACCGGCGCAAAUGUUAGACUCUAUCAAUCCUAACAUAGAAGAUCAACAACAGUAUAUACUAAGGAAUCCCGUUCACCGUGAUGUUCAGGCCACAAUGCCGCAAUCAGAAAAUGAAACGAAUACAAAGCAAGUGGUAAUUCACGAACAAGGCAUUAACCACACCGAAGGUGGUUGGCCGCGCGAAGUUCAUACGUACAACGAGGAUCAUGUACUGCGACACUGUCGUCGAGUCAUGCAUGAUGAUAAUUACAUACACACUGUAUUGUCUCUCGCGCCCAUAAUGGAACAUUAUGUUGAUCAAAAUAAUGCUAUUGAAAUGUACCAAAAUUACUUCGACGACAUGACGCCACAAAAACCUGUUGAAAAGUAUAGUGUUAGGGUCACUAAUAUUUUUCGGGACGUAUUACAUCGAUCAAUAAAUUGUAUUCAAUGGACAAACGAAAAGAAACCUAAGUUAGUAGUCGCUUAUGCAGAUAAGUAUUCGCCAGAAUCAGACAUUUUAAAGUCAAACGAUUGUUACAUAUGGGACAUAAACCGGCAAAUGUCCCCUCUACAAGAACUAAAUCUUGAUCAAGCUUGUUGGCAAUUAGCAUGUUCCCCUGUUGACCCCGAAGUAGUGAUUGCAGGUCUGGAAAACGGUACCGUAAAUAUAUUCGACAUACGAGAAUCCGCAAAUGCUGUGUCUAGCAGUUCCGUUUAUAAUUCACACCGCAGUCCGGUCACAGCGCUACUUUACACUCACUCACGAACGCACACGGAAUUCUUUACCGGUUCCCUUGAUGGACAAUGUAUUUGGUGGGAUUGUCGAAAUCUCUCCCAACCAUUGGACCGAUUAACUAUGUCUGUAAGAAUAGCUAGUGGAGAAGAGCCUUGCUUUACUAAUGCAGAAGGCGUUACUUCACUGGAUUACGACCAAGGCCUACCGACAAAAUUUCUUUGUGGAACUGAAUCCGGACUUGUAAUAAACGUAAAUCGCAUGGGUAGAACUCAUUCUGAAGUUUUAUCUUCAUACUGGGACGCACAUUGCGGCCCUGUACGGGCUGUACAUCGCAGCCACUGUACCUUAAGAAUGUUCCUUACUUGUGGUGAUUGGGCAGUUCGAAUCUGGAGCGAAGAAGUUCGUACCGCGCCAAUAAUAGUAACAAAACCGUAUCGUCAACAAGUUACUGAUGCCACCUGGGCACCACUACGAUAUUCAAGCUACAUGGUCGCGUGUGCAGACGGAAUAUUUUAUUACUGGGAUUUUCUCCGAAAAUAUAAAGACCCAUUAGUAACAUUAAAGGUGUCGAAUAGUGAAUUAAAACGAAUUACCCCACAUCGUAAAGGCGAACUUGUUGCAAUAGGCGAUAAUGAUGGAUCGUUGUUUCUUCUAAGUUUAUCCGAAUAUAUGAUUGCUCCUGGAAAGGAUGAUAAACAACUUAUGAUGAAAACAUAUGAACGCGAAACUAGGCGGGAACAUUUUUUGGACACUCGAUUGAAAGAAAUACGUUUGAAGGCCCGCGCUGAGGAAAUAACAGCUGAGGAUACAUCGCUAGGUGAGGAAGUGGAUGAAGAAACCGAGACAAAAAAAACAGAAGAGGAGUACUUUAAAAUAGUAAAUGAAGAAUUACGUCAAAUGGAAAGUACAACACCUAGCAAUCUUACGAUUAUCUGAAUUAUGCAAAGAUUUACAUAUAUACAAUUAGACCAUAUCGUAGUACAUUUUAGAAUAUAAAUAAAUUUCUUUUCCUUUAAU